AUGUGUGGUGUGAAGAAGCGCAAAUUUUGGGACCACAGACCAACACGCGAGGGGGUUGAGAGUAAGAGGUCUGAGCUGCGUAACAUUCUUCACGACGAGUGGCGACGGAGACUGACGCAACCCUAUGCUGGUCUCCGAACAAUCGAGGCAGUUCGUCCAGUCUUAUCGGAGUGGCUGGACAGGAAGUAUGGCGUCAUUACGUUCCGCAUGACACAGGUGCUCUCGGGGUAUGGUUGCUUCGGGAUAUACCUGUGUCGAAUCGCCGGAAGGGAGCCUACUUCAGCGUGUCACCACUGUGACAGCUGCUUCGAAGAGACGGCCCAGCACACGCUGGAGGAGUGUCCUGCAUGGGUUGAGCAACGCGGUGAACUCGUCGCCGCCGUGUCAAGCGAACUUUCUCUCCCAACCAUAGUUCGCUCAAUGGUUGAGAGCAAAAGGUCGUGGCACGCAGCCCAGGCAUUCUGCGAUGAGGUCGUGGUGAAGAAAGAGGCGGCGGAAAGGGAAAGGGAAGAUUCAGCCCCUGACCCGAUCGCCGUCGGAGUGUGGGUCGCAGAAGGAGAGCUAAUGGCUCUCCAGCUGCCGACAUAG